UUUUGUAAUACAAUGCAAACAUGCACUUUUUUUUUUAGAGAAAACUACAAGUGUAUAUGCCACAAGCAGCUACCUUUGUCACAGUCCAGAGAACACACAAGCAAAUCAGGAUGAAAUGUCAUUUCAUAGCGUUGUGCUGCUUUACAAUUUUUUCUUUGGCUUCUGGUGAUUGUAUAACUGGCUUGAAACAAGAUGUAUAUUAUAAAGGAGGAGACCAUGGUUAUGUGUUUGUCCCAGAUGUUGAAUAUUGUCAGCUCGUGUGUACCUUCAGUCCAGUUUGUGUUAUGUUUUCUUACCUAAAUGGAAGCUGGCCUAAAGAAAAUGAAAGAUUUGCAUGCUUUUUAAAGGACAGCGUUACACUGUCUCUACCAGAAAUAUCAUUAACUGGAGCAGUUUCAGGAUAUUCUUUGAAACACUGCACAACGAAAAUAUACACUUGCAGGGAUAAGCUUUUCCCAGAACUUGACAUGAUGGGGACAAACUACAACAUUAGUAAAGCAACAAGUGUGGAGCAAUGCAAGGAGCACUGUACCAACAGUAUUCAUUGUCAGUUCUUUACAUAUACUACAGAGAAGUUCUACAGUGUGCCGCUACGCAACAUGUGUUACCUAAAGUAUUCUGGGAAAGGAACACCGACAAAAAUAAGACAUCUGGCCAAUGUCAUAACUGGCUUCUCAUUAAAGUCCUGUGGAAAAUCUACAAUAGAUUGCCAAAGAGAUCUGUUUCAGACAUUGGAAUUUUCGGGAGAAACUCUCACAAGUGUGCUUGCCCCUGACGUAAAUAUGUGCCAGAAGAUUUGUGCAUUCUAUCCAAACUGUUUAUUUUUUACAUAUCUAACAAAAGACUGGCACGAGCCAUUGAACAGAAAUCGCUGUUAUAUUAGGACAUCCAAGGAUGGACAACCAACUGAAGCAUCCAUCAAAGACAAUGUUAUAUCAGGCUUUAGUCUCGCAUCCUGUAGAACUAGACCUUUAGCUUGCCCAUUGCCAGUCAUUUCCAAUGCAGACUUUGCCGGCACUGACCUGCAUGUAGAAGUGGUCAAUGGAGAAAAAGAUUGUCAGCAACGUUGCACCAACAACAUACGUUGUCAGUUCUUUACCUAUAGACCGAUUCAAUCAGAGUGCAGCCAAAACAAAUGCAAAUGCUAUUUAAAGAUGUCUUCUAAUGGGCUACCAACAGCAAUUGAACAUGGCAAAGGAGGGAUUUCAGGAUUCUCAAUGAGAUUGUGCAAGAGCAAAACAGUUGGAGGAUGUGGACAACCUGUUGAUGUACAGAACAGAAUUGUAGGUGGCAGAAGCAGUUCCGAAGAGGAAUGGCCAUGGCAAGUUAGCAUGCACAUCAAGCUAGACCCCUCCAACAGCAGACAUGUAUGCGGUGGAUCUAUUAUUAGCAAUCAAUGGAUAGUAACAGCUGCCCACUGUGUGCACGUGUGGCACCUCCCUAGAUUUUGGAUAGUUUACAGUGGCAUCUCAAAACUGUCAAACAUCACUUCAUUUACAACCAGGUCUGAAAUUGAACAAAUUAUAAUUCAUCCACAUUAUACUGGUGCAGAAAAUGGUAGUGAUAUAGCACUGCUAAAACUAAAGACACCCAUAACAUACAACGAUUAUCAACAAGCUAUCUGCCUUCCCCCACGUCAAGACUUUGUGACUCCUAGCAAGUGCUGGAUAACAGGCUGGGGAUACACAGAAGAGUCUGGUACUACUGCAGAUGUGUUACAGAAAGCAGAGGUCCCACUGAAGUCAAGUAUGGAAUGUCAAAAAAGCUAUUUAGAUGUGAAACUAAGUGAAAAGAAUAUUUGUGCAGGAUACGAACAGGGCAUCAUUGAUUCAUGUAAGGGGGACUCAGGUGGACCAUUGUCAUGUGUAGUUGACAAGACAUGGUAUUUAAUUGGCAUUACCAGUUGGGGAGAAGGAUGUGCCCGACCAGACAAGCCAGGCGUUUACACAAAGGUCGCGGAGUACUUAUACUGGAUUGUGGAACAGACGAAAAUAGUCAUUUAAAAUGGUAUUGGUCUAUUGGAGGAUGUUUCUCAAUUAUGAAGACAAAUCAACUCAGGAAUGUGUGGACUUCCUUUAGUGUGUCAUCACUGCAAUGUAGCAUUGGGACUGCAAUGUAGCAUUGGAAACUAAGAUGUUGCCUGGUUUUAUUUUCCAUACAUAAAUGUACUUAUUUUCUUGUAGCACUAUUUCUCUCAGGGUGGUGUAAAAUGACCUUCAAAGUAGUAUAGCAAGCUGACAUAUCUUUGGGUUGGAAUCUUGGUAUAUGAUGGGGUGAAUGAAUUGGGGACGGGUCACUUUACACUUUUUGUAAUUUUAUUGCUGAAUAGAAUACAUUUUGGGAGAGAGGGUUAGGGAUACAGGAUACCCAAAAAUAAUUGCAGUAGUAGGGUGAAUCACAGUUUCCAAGCCUUGGUUUAGUGAAACCCAUGUUUUGCUAUGCUCAUGGUUCUUAGUAGAAGUUUGAUGACUAAUAUCCAAUGACUGUAAUUGUAGUCACAGUUCAGAUAUAUGACUCUGUAAGAGCAGUCACAGUCCAUUCUUUAGUUUGCAAUGGAUUUUCUUUCUCAUUUUAGGCCCUUAUUGCUUUGAUAGCAGCCACAGGCACCUUUUUCUGUAAGCAGUGAAACUUUGUUCUCCAGCAGCAGCAGCUUCUACCCAGUUCUCCCUGGACAUCUGUCAGCAGAGAAGAUUCCUUUAAAGGUGCUUCCUUGAAAUAGACAUCUACUUGCUUCAGUUCCCUUUAGACAGACCCUCCCGCAGGGUAACUGAUUUUCAACAAGCAUUAUACACUGGCUAUGACUGGGUAGAACACUCUGUAAGGUAGCUCCAAUCAUUUAUCACCUUCACCUUAGCUCACUUCCCUGAACAAGCUUUAGUGUUUGGCUAGGGAAGAAUUACAUUUAUAAAUCAGUUAUUGGUUCUUCCCACACACUGAAUACUGCAGCCACUUUAACAGUAGCAGGCAGAAGAAAUCAAUCCACUGAGCUUUCCACUGGCAAAAUUCCACUGAGCACAAAAAAAGUAAACAAAUGCCUAAAGCCCAAUUAAACUGUAUCUGAGCACCACAACUGAAAAUGGUACUUAAUUAAUUUUUAAUAUUUAACGCAAACUCUGCCAUCCCUUCAUCCAUGUUUCCAUGCUCUAUUUUGUUGAGAAAUCACUUGAAAAGCAUUUCUAGUGAUAUCCAUCUUGACAAAGUGCAACUGAUUCAUGUAGCGUUUACUAACUGGAAUCCCUCUGCCCUUAGCUCAGACAUGCAGGCAGGAAGGUGUGUUGAGCUGAAAAAUACCUUUUCUCCCUUCCUCCAGACAAAAAGAAAAAAAUCCCCAU